AUGGUUGAAGGAGGACUGCAACUACCAAGACUAGCUUUCAUCCGCCCCGUGCCACAUGUAGGAGGUGUGCCAAUCCCUAGACUAGGUUUAAUCCGCCCCGUACCACCCAUAGGAGGUCUGCCACUCCCAAGACUAGCUUUCAUCCGCCCCGUAACAUCCGUAGGAGGUCUACCAAUCCCAAGACUAGUUUUCAUCAUCCGCACCGCCAGUAGGAGGUCUGCCACUCCCAAGACUAGCUUUCAUCUGCCCCGUACCACCCGUAGGAGGUAUGCCACUCCAAAAACUAGCUUUCAUCAUCCGCCAGUAGGAGGUCUGCCACUCUCAAGACUAGCUUUAAUCUGCCCCGUACCACAUGUAGGAGGUCUGCCACUCCCAAGACUAGCUUUCAUCCGCCCCGUACCACAUGUAGGAGGUCUGCCACUCCCAAGACUAGCUUACAUCCGCCCCGUACCACAUCUAGGAGGUCUGCCACUCCCAAGACUAGCUUACAUCCGCCCCGUACCACAUGUAGGAGGUCUGCCACUCCCAAGACUAGCUUACAUCCGCCCCGUACCACAUGUAGGAGGUCUGCCACUCCCAAGACUAGCUUACAUCCGCCCCUUACCACAUGUAGGAGGUCUGCCACUCCCCAGACUAGAUUACAUCCGCACCGUACCACAUGUAGGAGGUCUGCCACUCCCCAGACUAGCUUACAUCCGACCCGUACCACAUGUAGGAGGUCUGCCACUCCCCAGACUAGUUUACAUCCGCCCCGUACCACAUGUAGGAGGUCUGCCACUCCCAAGACUAGCUUACAUCCGCCCCGUACCACAUGUAGGAGGUCUGCCACUCCCAAGACUAGCUUACAUCCGCCCCGUACCACAUGUAGGAGGUCUGCCAGUCCCAAGACUAGCUUUCAUCUGCCCCGUACCACCUGUAGGAGGUCUGCCACUCCCCAGACUAGCUUACAUCCGCCCCGUACCACAUGUACGAGGUGUGCCAGUCCCAAGACUAGCUUACAUCCGCCCCGUACCACAUGUAGGAGGUCUGCCAGUCCCAAGACUAGCUUACAUCCGCCCCGUACCACAUGUAGGAGGUCUGCCACUCCCAAGACUAGCUUACAUCCGCCCCGUACCACAUGUAGGAGGUCUGCCAGUCCCAAGACUAGCUUUCAUCUGCCCCGUACCACAUGUAGGAGGUCUGCCACUCCCAAGACUAGCUUACAUCCGCCCCGUACCACAUGUAGGAGGUCUGCCACUCCCAAGACUAGCUUACAUCCGCCCCGUACCACAUGUAGGAGGUCUGCCAGUCCCAAGACUAGCUUUCAUCUGA